UAGGUUAUCAGGAGAGCAGUGAGCGAGGUUGCAGGAGAGAAGAGGAAAUAUUUUAUUUAUUGAUACAGCUCUGUUUUUAUUUUUUGUGAUAUUUUAACUUUAAGAUGGUGUUAGUGUUAGAAGAUCCACUUAGGGUGUCUUAUCCAAUUAUAAAUAUAUCCUCAUUAAAGACUUGGGCAGACACUGAUCCAAUUAUUGCACCAACACAUUACAAUAUUAAUGCAAAUUAUGACUCUAGCCCAUAUCCAGUCAACCAAGCUUUAAAUAAAAAAAUUGUCUUUUGGGAAGGUGACAUUACACAAUUGCGAGUUGAUGCUCUUGUUCAUUCUACAAAUGAAACUUUUGACGAUCGCUCAACGUUAAGUGAUAGAAUAUUUAAUAAAGCUGGCCCAGGAUUGAAAAAUGAGCUGUUUGAGAGUGUCCAAGAAUGUAAAACUGGGCAAGUAGCAGUCACAGGAGCUUAUAAUCUGCCAGCAAAAAUUAUAAUCCAUACUGUUGGCCCUAAGUACAACAUGAAAUUUCAAACUGCAGCUGAGACUUCAUUGCACAACUGCUACAAAAAUGUUUUACUAAGAGCAUUUGAACUGAAGGUAAAAACUCUGGCUUUAUGUGUUAUUAACUCAGUUAGAAACAAUUAUCCACCUGACCAGGGCGCACAUGUUGCUCUUAGAACAAUUAGAAAAAUAUUAGAAUACCAACUUAAUAAAAACAUCGGAUGUUUACAAACGAUAAUACUUGCUGUCGAGAGCUGUGAUGCUGGCAUUUAUGAAGUACUCUUGCCUCUUUACUUUCCACGUUCACAAAAAGAGGAACUAGCUGCUGUACUCCAAUUGCCUGCCGGUCAGAACUACGGCUUAUAUGGCGAGCUGAUUUUCCCUGAAAGGCAGAUUCGUAUCAUUGACAAUCCCCAACAUCAACUAAAUGAAGAUGACAGUUAUGUGAUAGACCUUUCUAGUCAUUUUGAUGCCAUGACUGACACUUCGUUCACCCACAUGCAAGGUGAUUUGGAUCAGCAGAGGUUGCUCGGCGAGAGGCAGGUGUCUUCUGCGUAUCCGGUCAUCUCCAAAGAAUUUCACACCCAGGAAAGAUACGAUCAACUCUUGAGACGCGCGAAGACUGAAGACCUGACAGAAGUAUCCGGCAUCGGUUGUCUCUACCAAAGUGGAGUCGAUCGAUUCGGUAGGCCGGUCGUAGUUUUCGUCGGCAAAUGGUUCAAGUUCAAGGAUAUCGAUUUAGACAAGGCCCUGUUGUACCUUAUUUAUUUACUGGAUCCACUUGUUAAAAGUGAUUAUGUGAUAGCUUACUUUCACACGAACACUUCAAAUGCUAAUUACCCAUCAUUUGCUUGGCUGAGAGAAGUUUAUAAUAUUCUUCCUUACAAAUACAAGAAAAACUUGAAAGCGUUCUAUAUCGUACAUCCAACAUUUUGGACAAAGAUGAUGACAUGGUGGUUUACAACAUUUAUGGCUCCAGCAAUUAAACAGAAAGUUCAUAGCCUUCCUGGGGUGGAAUACCUUUAUCCCGUUAUUCACCCCAAUCAUCUUGAAAUUCCUGCGUUUAUUACAGAGCAUGAUAUGACUGUAAAUGGAAUACGGUAUUACAAUCCCAGCUCAACCUAAAAAUUGGAUUCCUUCAGCACGGUGUUAUUAUAGACUUCUCGUGAAAACAAUCAGUAUUUGCUUGUGUCAAUGAUUUUAACUAGCUUAAAAAUGAUGAUGAUUAAGCAUGAAUGAUGUUGGUAUAAUAGUUGAAAAAUAAGAGUGUACUGGAGAGUACCGUUGUUGUAAACAAUAAUUGAAACGCGAUGAAAAAGAAAUGUUGUAAACGUUGAAAGACAAUUAUUUACCUUGCGUUCACAGAGCACAAAGGUAUAUAUAAGAUAGUUUAUGAAAGUUGUUAUACCUUUUUAAUACUAAUGCUGUUAGUUAACAUCUUGAACCUAUGUUAAUGUUCAUAAUUUAAGGUUCAAUAACAUUGUUAAAAAAAAAAACAUUAAUAUUUAUUGAGCAGGCAAUACAAAUAACAGUGGAAACUAAUUUUAUACAGUUUUUUGAACAAACACUAAUUUUAAAUUUUACCAGCUAAAAAUUAUUGUAGUAGCUUACUAAGUUAUUAUUUUUAAAUACACUUAGUCACUGUGGGAAUUAGAUAUUUUUUUAAUGCUAGCAAUAAGUUUAAAAACAAUGCGCUUAACUCUAUUUUCUACAUUUAUUCAUUGAUUUAAGUCAUUUUAAAGCUUUGAUAUAAACAAAUCAGAUAUUUUAACUUAGUAUAUUUAAAAUGUACAACACCGUUACUUGUCAAAUAAAUAUAUAACGUUAUAUAAUAUACAUCAUAGUUGUAGGUGAAGUACAAAUAUUAUACUUGUUACAAUAAAAAUAUUAAAAUGUUACAUGUUCUUCCUAUUUAGAGUGCAAAAUUGACCGAAUGGCACGUAAAUAGUCAAAAACUGGUCUCACGUUUGACUAAUUAUAAUAAGGCUUAGAGUAGACAAUUAUUUUUUAUAUAUUUUUCUUUUUUACUUUUUUUUUAAUACAAUCAUCAUCAAUUAUAGAAUGAAAGAAACGUUGCAAAACAUAAAUGCGGAACCUCAACAACCCUUUUAGACAGGUUGCACUUUGUAAUGAAAUAUUAAAAAAAGCCAAUGUUAUCUAAUGUUCCCAUUGCUAGGUGGAAUGUUUAGUAAACAUUUUGUAAUUGUUAAUGUUGUUGUUGUUGUCACAUGCUAUUGUAAAUUAAGUACUACUUAGUGCUGAUUCAAUCAUUUGUUUUAAACUUGCAAAACUAAAUAUUUAAAAAAGUAUUUUUUGUGUGCCAAUACAAACAAUCGAUACUUUCACAGUUUAAAUGCUACCACUAAGUAGGACAUUAAAAUACAAUAUAUGAAGUAAAGUAA